AUGCAGUUACUCAAGACUUUUUUUAUUGCUCUGGCCAUGUCUACCUUUGCUUCUGCUGGUAGUGAUUCUAUUGCUGCUGCUCCCAAAUGUCCUCUUUCUGGAAAGUGUCCUCACUAUGAAAAGAUUGCCAAGAGUCGUGCAGAAUCUAUUCCUACUCAAAGAGAUUCGUCUGCAGCUGCUGAACAUAGUCAUGGCUGUCCUCUAAAAGGAAAAAACUGCCCAUAUUUCGAUCAGCAUUCCAAAGAACACUCUCUCCUCGACAUUGUUCAAACAGAAGACCACAAAUGCCCUUUGUCUUCCACCAAGUGCCCCUUUUACCACAACAUUAAAAGUGACAACGUUGUUCCUAGCAUGUACAAUUGGGAGGCAUCUAAAUGUCCUUUGGCCGCCAAAUGUCCCUAUUACGAUGAUAUUAAAAAGAACAACGGAAAGGCCUUGGACUGUCCUGUACUGCAUGGAUGUCCCCACUUUAAAAAGAAGGACUCUACCCAUCAAGUUCACCACGAUCAUAAUGCUGCCGAGGCUGCCCAUGAGUGUCCCUACUUGAAGAAAGAAAAGGAAAAGAAGAAACUGGAGGAUAGUGCACAUACAGCUGGCACUAUCAAGGGUACAGACAAGAAAUCUGGAUCCGACAUCAAAACUGAGCUUUAA